ACUCUGAAACACGUGCACACACGAACAAAUACCACCAACCUGCUUCUGCGGAUGGUUCUGUGGAACCCUCUGCUCCUCCCCGUAGUUUCUUCAUCGCCCCUUCCCCGUUGAUAUGCUCUGCUUCGGCGCUAGGAGCUGCGUUCUCUUCGGCCGGCGAACUCGCUCCUUUGUUCGAAGGAUGGCGCAAAACCGUCAUGCUGUCUCUGUCUGUCACUACUGGCGAGCGCUUACGUUUUCUGGCGACUUCCUGCGACCGAUGGAUCAUAGAGCCAUCUAAACAGCGCCCAACACCACACGGGAUUGCUUUCUGUUUUCCAAUGCCACAGAAAAUGUCCCAAAAGUCUACUCUGUAAAAAAAUUACUCCGAAAUUUUUCGAGGUCUGGGAUUUUCUAUCCGAUGUCCGCCAUCUUGGAUAUUUAUGAUGGUGACCUCUGCCCCUGCAUGCCUCCCAACACGUUUCGCAAGGGACAGAAACAUUCUCAUAAAGAAAAAAAUUAGUCUUUUCACAAAUUACAUAAUAUGAAACGUUAGAUCCGCUUUUCGAGAAAAAUACCUCCAAAAAUCAAUCAUUUUGAAUGUCCCGCCACCCCCAUGUUCUGACGUCAUGUUUCAAGAUGGAGGGCGAGCGGAGAGGUAACCUGGAGCUGGAAGGAGAGUUGGUGGAGAGGGGGGGACACGGGGACGGAGUCCGGAGAGCCAUUCCUCUCAAACUCAGCAGUCACCACAGCAAGAGGACUGCCAGUGUCAGAGAUGACAGGGGAUCCUCUUCUGAGAAGCACCACAGCCCCAUGAAAUGGGAUGUCAAGAUGAACCUGAUUGGGAAGAAGAUUAAUGACCCCAUGCUUCACCUGUGUGAGAAGUGUGUUUGUCCAGUCAACCUGUAUGGCAGGAUGAUACCCUGCAAGCAUGUCUUUUGUUUUGAUUGCUCCAAGAGGACAGACAAAAACUGCUUGAGAUGUGGAGACCCUGUACAGCGUAUAGAGCAGUGCCCAAGAGGAGCCGUGUUCAUGUGUACAUUUGGUGAUGGGAAGCACGGCAACAAGGGAUGCAGGAGGACUUACCUGUCACAACGGGACCUUCAGGCUCACAUCAACCACCGGCACAAGCGGCCUGCCGUGGCGGCUGAACCGACCCCGCACCAGACGUACCCAACAACGUACCAGCCUUACCCCACCUCCCAGGACCAGAGCACUGCCGUGUACAGACCUGUCCCAGGGGACCAGUAUGCACCGCCGCCCCCACCCCCGCCUCCCCAGCCUGUGCCCCAGGGGAUGGCCAUGACACACGGGGCUCCCCUACAGCCCCCACCAGAACACAGGGACUACAGCAGGAUGCCUCCUCACCACAGCAUCCCCCCUCCAGGACACCCCCACGACGACAGGAUGCACGAACCCCCUCACCACCGCUACCCCCCAUCCUCGGACUCCCUCCCCAACCCUGUGUCCCAGUCCUACAUGCCUGUCACCAGCAGCCGCAGCAGUAACCUCAUCACAGUCCCCAUCAAAGAUGACAGCGAGGACCUGGCCAAGCAGGCGGCAUCCUCUAACCAGACUCCUCACAACCAGGGCACCAUGUACCGGCCCAUCCACCAGGGGGCUGCGCCGGCUGUACCCCACUCUGGGGCCGUACCGAUACCGUACUCCGCACCACCGCCUCACGGACACGUCGGCCAGCCUGUCCACUCAGUACCUCCCGUUGUCCGCGGGCCUGGUUAUGACUCACACGGGCGGCCGUACGACGAGUCAGCCAUAAGCCCUCCCUUUGCCCAGCCAGGUGGACACAGUCCCAGGGCAGCCUGGCCCCUGGCCGGCCCCCCUCCCCGAGGCCCUGCCCCUGUCCCCCAGGGCCCGGUCCCCGGAGGAAUGCCGUCUGUUAGUACUGCUCCUUCCUCCAGCAUGCCUCCUCAGGCAGCCCAUGGGCAUCCCCCAAGAACAUCCUAUUAUAACUGAGCCUACAAGGGCUGUCUGGUGUACAUAAACUACUGUUUGUUCAACAUGCAUUGUCACAUGCAUCCUUGUACAUGUUGGGUAUUUCACCUAAGCCUGUGAUUUCUGUAUGGAUAAUGCAAUGAUUCUUCUUCAUGAUACAUUUGAGGUCUGAUUUCUGUACCUUAUUUUGUACAUGUUAUGUAUGAACUUGUUUUUGUAUUAAGCAUGUCAUCUGUAUGCCUUU